CCAACAUAUGCGAUCUUCGGGCGAUAUUACUAGCUUCGACUGGAGAGGUUCGAAACGGGAAUUGAACGGGUUUCAAUAACCGCAGAUCCCAGAGCGGCUGCAUCGUGUGCGGCAGCUGCUUUCGGAUAGUCGGAUCGUUCCAAUUCCCAGAAACGGGGAUUCCUGUUCAGCCGGCGGCCGUCAUCGAGGCGGCUCCACUACGUGACGACUGUGCAAGAGAGGAAAGUCAAGAGUACAUCCUAAUCAUACCCUCUCAGACAUAAUGGUCUCUUUCACCACUGUCCUCACCCUCGCUGCCGGCGCCCUCGCCGCCCCUGCCCCUGCCCCUGCAAACACCCAGGCACCACCAAACCAGAUUCUGCCCGCAGGCUACCCCAACCCUUGGGCCUGGCACAUUGAGGGCUUCGAAGCUGGCUGUGUGCGCAGCGGCUGCUUCUACCGAUUCAACCUCUCAGUUCCGGCAAGCGAGGCCUACCCGCAAGGCGGCAAGUACUACUGCAGCGGCACCGAGAAUGGCGAAUUUGGCAAUGAAAACUCGUUUGAAGACUGCAGCGUAGUUGGAGAUGCCAAUGCCGCUACCGCUGCCGCCAAGUUGGGUAGGAGGGUCAACUCCGAUCCUCCCAAGCAACUUUACGUUAGUUUCUUGAAGCCAGGAUCCGCAGCCGACCAGACGAAUCCAUACAACUUUACUGCAAUCACGACGGACUGGACUUACAACGCAUUUGUCGCAGUCGAUGAGGAGUUUGACGUCUACCCUACUAUCUGGCAGCAGUACCCUAUUCCCCAGAGCAAGUAAGCUUGAUUUCUUUAAGGGAUCCGGGAGGGA